AUGGAAAGAAAUUUUAAUAAUUUUUUAGUUAAAAUAUUUUGUCUUGGAGAUGAUGGAGUUGGUAAAUCAUGUGUAAUGAACUCUUAUUCAAGUGGUGGACCUUUAACAUCUCUUUUCCAAGGUUCAGAAUUAACAUGGACCGAUUAUACAGUAUCAGUAACACAUAAUCAAAAACCAUUAAAAUUAAGAUUAGUUAUUGGUGAUCAAAAUGAAUUAAGAAGAAUAAAACAAAUUGAAUUUAAUGAUGUUUUUUUAAUUUGUUUUUCAGUUGAUUCAAAGGCAUCAUAUGAUAAUAUUGAAAAAUGGAAUACAGAAAUUAGAAAAAUCCUGCCAACUCCAAAUAUAAUAUUAGUUGGUACAAAGAUUGAUUUAAGAAAAGAAGGUGGAGAACUUAAAAAAUCAAUUGUGACACAAGAAAUGGGAAUUGAAAAAGCAAAAGAAAUAAAUGCAAUAAAAUAUAUGGAGUGUUCAACAGCAACCUACGAAGGAGUUAAAGAAGUUUUCGACGAAAGUAUAAAUAUCUACAUGACAAAAAAGCUUUAUAUCCAAGAUUUAAGAAAAAAAAGUUUUUUAAUUCCAAAGAAAAAUACAAACAAAAAAUCCUGUAAAACCCAAUAA